AUGGUGCAUGUGCAGACACUCGGCUGGCUUUCUGCCAUUCUGCUUGCCUCUUUUCCACGAGCCAAUGCACAAGGGCUCGGCCGCAUAGACCCCCUUGAAUACGUUGACGUACUGAUCGGGGCAAGUAAUGGCGGCAACGUAUUUCCCGGUGCAACUGUGCCGUAUGGCAUGGCGAAGGCGGUUGCAGACACGACCAGCGGCAGCAACCAAGGUGGGUUUACUCUCGAUGGUGCUCCGGUAUCUGGGUUCAGUGUUCUUCACGACUCAGGAACUGGUGGUUCGCCCUCGUUGGGGAACUUUCCAUUGUUCCCAUAUAACAAAUGCGAGGGCGGUGAUGUGAACAACUGCGCGUUCCCCAAGAAGACGCGUGUAAAUUUUGGCAAGUUUGCCAACGAGAGCGUCAAGGCGAAACCAGGAUACUUUGGCAUCACUCUUCAAAGCGGACCCCAGGUCGAAAUGACAGCUACAAAACAUACAGCAUUGUUCCGCUUCACCUUCAAGGGCGCUGCUGCGGGCGACAAGCCUCUUAUACUCCAGGAUCUCAGCGAUCUUUCAGACUCGCGACAAGACAACGGGACUAUCAAAGUCGACCCCGAGACUGGCCGCAUCACGGGCAGUGCCAUAUUCGUUGCCAGUUUUGGCCAAGGCAAAUAUCAGCCUUUUUUCUGUACCGACUUUCACGGCACGGACAUUGCGGACAGCGGCAUCUAUGCCGACAGCCGCGCCAGCACUGAUGUUCACGAACUCAAGCUUUCCCGCUCAAUCAACGGCUACCCUCUGCCCGGCGGUGCCUUUGUUCGCUUUGUUGACGGAAACAACCCCGUCCACGCCCGCGUUGGUAUGAGUUUCAUUAGCAGCGAACAGGCCUGCGCCAAUGCCGAGGGCGAGAUGCCCGAAUUCGACUUUGAUAAGCACGCUCGCGACGCGCAGGAUGCUUGGCGACAGAAGCUGUCUCCCAUUACCGUGGAUCCAAAGGGAGUAGAUGGGAGCUUUGUGAAGAACUUCUACUCGGGAGUCUACCGAACCAUGGUGAAUCCGCAGAACUAUACGGGAGAGAAUCCACUCUGGCAGGACGGUGAGCCCUACUUUGACUCAUUUUAUUGCAUAUGGGAUUUAUUUCGCUCGCAGUUUCCGUUCCUGACGAUUGUUGAUCCGGAGGCCGUUGCCCAAAUGAUUCGCUCACUUAUUUCAACGUAUGAGCACGACGGCUGGCUGCCAGACUGCCGAAUGAGUUUCAGCAGAGGCUACACUCAAGGCGGCUCCAAUGCUGACAAUGUAUUGGCGGAUGUUUACAUCAAAGGCAUCACAGCCGGCAUUGACUGGGACAAGGGGUACGCGGCGGUCAAGAAGGAUGCUGAGGAGGAGCCAUACGAUUGGUGCUGCCGCGGCCGAGGAGGCAUCGACUCAUGGAAGAAGCUGGGAUAUGUGCCGGUUCAAGACUUUGACUACAAGGGAUUCGGAACUCUGACAAGAUCCAUCAGCCGCACCAUAGAGUAUGCCUACAACGACUUCUGCAUCUCGCAGAUGGCAAAGAGCCUCGGCAACAAGGAAGAAGAGGAAAAGUACAUUGCCAGCAGUGGAAACUGGCAGAACUUAUACAGGGCGGAUCAGCCGUCCUCGCUGCCAGACGGCACAACCACGGGCUUCACAGGAUUCUUUCAACCAAGAUAUCUGAACAGGACGUGGGGAUACCAGGAUCCCCUCAAAUGCAGCAACACCGACUCCAAGAGCGUUUGCUCUCUUCAGAAUAGUGGCCCCGAGACGUUUGAAAGCAGCGUCUGGGAAUAUGGCUUUUUUGUCCCCCACGACCAAGCACAGCUCAUCACCCUCUACGGAGGCCCGGACAAAUUCGUCAACCGCUUAAACUACCUCCAUGACAAAGGAAUCACCUACAUUGGCAACGAGCCCGCAUUCUUAACCGUCUUUCAGUAUCACUAUGCUGGGCGCCCGGCUGAAUCCGCCCGUCGCAGUCACUUUUACAUACCGAAAUACUUUUCCCCCAAGCCCGACGGCCUACCUGGCAAUGACGACAGCGGCGCCAUGGGCUCGUUCCUCGCGUUUUCCAUGAUGGGGCUAUUUCCGAACCCGGGACAGAGUGUGUAUCUCAUUACGCCCCCGUAUUUCGAGAGCGUCAAGAUCAAGCAUCCUCUUACCAAGAAGACGGCCAUAAUUAGAAACGUUCAUUUUGACCCCACUUACAAGAAUAUAUAUAUUCAGAAUGCCACCCUGAAUGGCAAGCCGUACACAAAGAACUGGAUUGACCAUUCAUUCUUCACGGAGGGCAAGGAGCUUGUUCUCACUCUUGGCGCCACGGAGAGUUCUUGGGGGACCGCUGUUAAGGACUUACCUCCUAGCCUCAGCUCGUACACGGGAUUCAACGGGACUGAAGGCAAGCGUUCUGUACGGGCACCAAGAGGGGAUGGGAGCUAUCGCGGAGAAUUCCGAAGCGAUGAUUUGGGUAUCUGA